AUGGAUGCCGAUGCCGAUGCGAUCUACAUCGAUGAUGAUGACGAUGACGAUGCUGGUAUAUUCAACAUCGCCAAUGACUGCCAAAGUGAGGAUAGUGACGCCUUUACUGGUGAAAGCAACGUUCUUUCAGCAGUUCACACGAAGCGCACUGCUGUUAACAAGGAUGAAUCAGCAAAGAAAUUCUGCUAA